CUUUCUCCUUUUCUUUUAGGGCCAGGUAGCAGGCGUUGGAGAGCGCGAAGACGCUGUCUGACUCUUACUGACGAAAACCCACCAUGUUCCUUCAUUAGCCCUUUAUGUACGUACCCAGGGCCGCAGUAACUCCUUCGAACAUUUCCACAGCCCAUUACAAGUAACCUUAAGUAAGUGACAAAAUGUUUAUGAAAACUAUAGCCGGCAUCACACUAUUGAAACUUGUCGACACACAGAAUUAAGGAGCAAGCGGAACGCAGCAGUGACGUGCGACUUGACACUUGGCAGGCUGACAUAAAAUCUCCAUCCCAUCUGUCACCAAACAUUGUCUUGUCAACGAAGCUAUAAUAAUUUUCCAUAAUUUUCCUACCCAUAAAUAUCGGAAAAUAGAAGUUUAACAAAAUACAAACGACUUGAGAAAUACAGUGAGAGGCUCUUAACUGAUAUAGUGAACACCAAAAAUUUACCAAAAUGCCAUGUAUUCGAAAGGACAUAUUUUGGAUCGGUAUAAUAUGUUUAAUUAGUUUUUGUUAUGGAGAACAUUUGAAGUCGUCAUCUUCAUCGAGCGAACAGAGAAACCAGAAGUCGGUAUUUUCUGAGCCACAUAUUAACUGGAAAGAUAAAGGAAAUGACAAUUAUAAAAUUGAUCAUGAAAGUGAAAUUUUAUCAAGGUCAAAGCGUGCCAGUAUACAGAACCAAAGUAUGCAAAGUUCCAGUGAAUCAACUGUAAACAAUCAAAUUGUGAAUUCAACACCGAGCUCUUCUACUGAAAGUAAUAAUAUGGCUGCAGAAAAGAAUGAAUCUAUAUUGUCAGUAGUACUUGUAAAUAUUUCUGCAUCUGCAACUCCUAAUGCCUCUGUGGUCAGCCCAUCAGAUGCAGCACCUUUACCUGAGAAAAGCUCUGCAGAAGAUGAACACAACAGUUCUAUGGCCAUAUUUUUUGUGUUGUGCGUGCUAGCACUUGGUAUUCUACUAAUUCAUCUUAUGCUUCAAACUGGAUUCUCAUAUUUGCCUGAAAGUGUGGUAAUAGUGUUCCUUGGUGCUUUGAUUGGUAUGAUUAUAAACUUGAUGUCCAUUAAGAACAUUGCAAAUUGGAGGAAGGAGGAAGCAUUUUCUCCAACUGCCUUUUUUUUAGUACUCCUACCUCCUAUAAUUUUUGAAUCAGGUUACAAUUUGCACAAAGGAAACUUUUUCCAAAACAUUGGAUCAAUUCUACUUUUUGCAAUAGUUGGGACUGCUAUAUCAGCAUUUGUGAUUGGUGCAGGCAUAUAUUUGCUGGGGCUGGCCCAGGUAGUGUACAAACUGAGUUUUGUGGAGUCUUUUGCCUUUGGCUCCCUGAUAUCAGCAGUAGACCCAGUUGCUACAGUAGCAAUCUUCCACGCACUUGACGUAGACCCAGUGCUCAACAUGUGUUUUGGAGAGAGCAUUCUGAAUGAUGCUAUUGCUAUUGUUUUGACAACAGCUGUUUUGGAUUCUAAUGAUCCUCUAAUGUCUACUGGUGAAGCCAUCCUUUCUGCAAUAAAUAGAUUUUGGUUAAUGUUUUUUGCCUCAGCGGGAAUAGGAGUCUUGUUUGCACUUGUUAGUGCUCUACUUUUGAAACAUGUUGAUCUACAAAAUCCAUCUCUUGAAUUUGGUAUGAUGUUAGUUUUACUUAUGCUCCUGCACGUAUUGGCUGAGGGUAUUCAUCUAUCAGGAAUUAUGGCAAUAUUAUUUUGUGGAGUAGUAAUGUCUCAUUACACACAUUUCAAUUUAUCUACAGUGACACAGGUUACUAUGCAGCAGACUAUGAGGACUUUAGCUUUUAUUGCUGAAACCUGUGUAUUUGCAUACUUAGGAUUGGCCAUAUUCAGCUUCAGACAUCGUGUGGAACCAGCACUUGUAGUUUGGAGCAUAGUCAUGUGUUUAGUUGGCAGAGCUGCAAAUAUUUUCCCACUUGCUUUACUCUGCAAUAAAUUCGAACACAAGAUAACUAAGAAAAUGAUGUUUAUAAUGUGGUUCAGUGGACUACGAGGAGCAAUUUCCUAUGCACUAUCACUACAUUUGGGUUUCUCUGACGAAACACGUCAUGUGAUCAUAACCACUACUCUUAUAAUAGUAUUAUUUACAACUUUAUUCUUUGGUGGAUCAACAAUGCCUUUACUCAAGUUUUGAGAGUAAGCUAACAAAACAAAGCGUUCAAGAUCCUUACGUAAGCAGAAAGAAGUAAGUUUGUCAAAAACACGAGAAUGGGGCCAGGCCAUAGACUCGGAACAUUUGUCUGAGAUAACCGAAGAGGAAUUAGAGGUAAAUUAUUCACAUGCAACCCGACUGCGAGGCUUUGUGCGGUUAGACAUGAAGUAUCUCACUCCUUUCUUCACCAGGAGAUUUACUCAUCAGGAGUUAAAGGAUUGUAAAAGCCAAAUGACGGAUCUUACCAACCAGUGGUACCAAGCUAUUAAAAUAUCGAAUGAUCGCGAAACUGACGAAGAGGAGAGUUUACAACAAAGCUCACACUCCAAUUCGCACAGCAGUCUGCAGAGAGGUGUUUAAACCACGCAUAUUUACGUAUGUUUAUAUACUGAGCCUGAAUUAGGUUGUACAACUUUCAGAUGAUUUUAAGACUAUUCCAUAACACGUAAACAUGUGCGGUGUUACAAAAGUCAAGCCGAAAGCCGUACGUAAAUCUAAUACGUAAUGAGCGCAACGAGGAAAAUCACAACCAAAUGUAUAGAGUUGCGUAGAUAUUACAAAUUAUGAUAAAAAGAUUUUUGGCUAUGAUAACUUAUUAUAUUUUUAAAAUACUUUUGUAACACCGUUUAUUUAGCUAUCUUACUGCGUGAAGUGCAAGCUCAGGGUCAGAAAUAGCUGACGGAAUAGUUAAUAAUGUGACCUGAUUUUUGCAUUUUGUGCUAUCUUUUAUUCUAGUUUAGUUCGCGUUUUUCGGUGUAGUCUUGAGCUUGCACUACUUCUACAAAUUAAAGAAAAUGAGAUAAAAAUUUAAUCUAUGUAUGUCUAGUAAAUGAAUGCGGGCACCUUGUUUAUUGUAAUGCUCCUGCUCCACCUGCGUUAGCGUUAACGUUAAUGUCAAUGGCCAACUACACGUUACUUAUUGCAUUAAAAUGCGUGUUGGCUACACUUACGCAAAGAGUUAAUCCCUCAUGAAGUAACGCGUUAACACACAUUAAAGAGUUUAAACUCAGAUACACAAAAUAAUUCUAAAAACUAAAGCUUUCUCAUUUGACCAUUCCAUUAUCGUGCUCGUAAAAUGCAGUUACCGCUUAAACAAAGUAUCUACACUCGUCCUUGCAUGCGUGCAAUGAGAUGGCAUUAAUGUAGCCAACAUCACUUAGCGCUAUAAGCUACGCACUAAAACCCUUUGAUGCGUCCAAAACCGACACCCGAGUUAUCGCUUAGCGUUUAAUGCUAUUUAUAUUGCCAUUAGUAUAAAUUGACAUUAAAACGUUGGCCACAUCUGCGUAAUGCCAAAAUUUAACGCGUUAAGACGCAGGUGGAGCAGUAGCAUAAACGUUAACGCAUUAAAGAGAGUCCUCGCUCCUCGCCCAGACUCCAGUCCGGUGGAAAAUUGUGGAUUUAUUUUAAUUAUUAAGCAAUUAAAUUGCAAAGACGCUGGCGCCGCGUUUGUGGGCUCUGAUUGAACCAGCGAUAGUGAGUGCGGCAAUUAUUUGUCAGUUUGGGAGACGCAACAAAAUAAUCCACGAGCAAUGUUCGCUUGGGACCGCCACCGCGCCUGUGUACAACAUUAAUUCAUUUUCAAUUGCAAGCAAAUAUACCGAUUAUAACGGACCACCGGAUUAUUAAAUGUUCGAAAAAUUUCAGUAUUGUCACCAAUUGAAAUAAUUGUAUCAAAUGCGGUUACGUUAGCUAGCACAGAGUGACUAUUAUUAUCAAGGAUUCCUAUCGAGUAUUAUAAUUUAUUUUAGUCAAGAAAUGUGUGAUAUGAUUGAAUGUUUAGAAAAGGAUUUGACUUUUAGCUAAAUUGUAUGUCUUUGUCUUUGGCGUGGUAUGUAAAUUAAUUACCAACAUGCGCCUGUCACAAGAGUUGCCAUUGAAUGGGUCUCUCAACACAAGUUAUUAUUUACAAUCGCAAAUAAUAUAUGCUUUAUCAGGCCAUUGUAGUAUUUUGGUUGUGUAAUGUAGAUAUACACAUUAAAUGUGAUUUAAUAGUAAUAGGUAUUGUAAAUGGUAUGUACUUAAGCAUUGUUAACUAGCUUUAAUUUUUAUUUUUUCAUCUCAGUGCAUAAAUUACAUUUAGUUGAAAUGAUCACUUUAUCAUGGUUUAAAAUUCAAGAUUGACUUUUGAUAUAGUGUCAUACAUCUUACAAUCAACGUUGAGAUUCAUGUCUUAUAAUAUCUUGUAAAUAGUUUGCGGUACAAUUCUGUGCAUUGCACUUAGAUUUGAUACAUUCGAAGCAGAUUUGUCACUGCAAAGAAUGGGAGUGUACAUCACAUGUUUCUUUCUCAGCUCUUGGGAUGUCUGCCAGUGGAUGAUGCAUAGAGUAGAACCCUAUAUUGAUACUUUUAGUACCAGACACAAUUAUUGUUGUGUUCUGUCUUAUAUUUUGACCACAUCAGCACUAUUGUAAUAACUACGUAAAUGUGGGUUUUAAUAUUAUAGAAAAAGCGAAAGGAUAUAAAACAAUUACAAUUGCUGCAAAUAAAUGCACAUUACAUUAUGUGUAAAUAUUACAGACAAUAGAUCCUUUUACUUUAUCAAUUAUAUUAUUGGAUAUGUAACAUAUAUGUAUUUCGUUAUAACGUCACAUGUGAUUCUGAACUUUACAAUCGGUUUGUGUUGUUGAGAUUUUGUUCUAACAUUACAUUACAAUACUAUGGCAGGGAGAUGACUUUUGAAAAGUCCAGUACUUUGUGAAAACAUAUAGCUAGUCUAAAAAAAGAAAUGUGUAGUUAAUCUUUUAUUUUAAGUAAAUGUUUUGUUAAACAAUAAUCAUAAAAUGAGUACACAGCUUCAUCCCAGAUGGCUGAAAUAUUAUAUUAAUGUUAUAACUAUCUAAAUUUUCAAAAUAUUAGUUGUGAUAUUUACUUAAGCAGCUGUAAUAUGUUUUACUAAUAGCAAUUAUGAUUAUAUACUUAAACCAAUAUAUAAUAUAAAUAUUUAUUAUGUGGA